UCAGUAGUGCAAAGAUGUGGCGGUUGGCGGCUGUGUGGCGACUAUCAACGGUGCUUCUUGUAGGCGCCACCUUAGACUUCAGAUUCUUCACACAGAAGCGAAAUUUUGAUUUACCCUCGCAGGUCGACUGCUUCGUAAUUCCGCCGUUAACGCACCGCAGAAUUGCUAGGGCAAUUGACUAUGGAUGGCCUCAAAACGAACCUACUCCAAACUUACCAUUGAAUAAUCAGAGAGCACGAAGGUUUGAUCAAUUACUACCAAGUGCCGAGGAAAUAGUAAAGGAACAUGCUAAACUAGUACAUGAUAUUAAUAGCUUGAAACAAGUUGUUUUCAUUGCACCAUUCGGCGAAGAAAACAGAGAUUAUGAAGACUCCAUAUUCAAUGAAUUAAUAGAAACGUCUACGACGGCUCGGCCGAAGACCAAGCGAGUAACUGAUAAUAUAGUCACAAAACCAUACAAACAAAAUUCCAUUCCGCUAAUUUUACUAGGUGGAGCGAGCCAGCAAGAAGUUGUAAAAACACAACCUAUUAAGUUUCCGAAACCUAUUAGUUUGGUAGGCACUUCAGUAUCUCCGUUGGCAAAACAUCCUUAUCCUUUCGUAAUGCAAGCUAAAUCACAGAGACCUUUUAAAUUCUGUAUGCAACCCACAUCCGGUUUACAUUCAUCUAUGAUGUACAUGACUACUCAGCGGCCUAGUCUUUUAGAGAGAAUAAUUAGAACUAUCCUACCGAGGUAGCCUGUAACGGUAACUAAAAAUCUGUGAUAUUAUCUUAUUGUCUUGCUUUCACACGUUUCACUAUAGCAAUUAAUUCUUAGAACUUGAUUAAACGUAACGCAUCUUUACAUAACACAAAUGAUGCAAUAUAGGGCAACAAGAUGUUGUUUAGAAAGAGUAGGUGUAAUGUAGAUUUGUACUAUAUUCAAGUUAUUAAAUAGGUACUUCAUUAAAUAUAUUAAUUAUUUAAUUAUAUUAUAUUUUGAUGAUGAUAGUUUCAUUUUUAUUAGCUAAAUUACGUUUCCUGGCAUUGUAAGAAGUAGAAGAUUCAAACUUGAUACGUUCGCAAUGAGAACUGCGUGCAUCGAUGCAGGCACUCGCGUGAGGCACUUCUAAUUAACAAUGUCGAUUAUGUAUUGUCUAUGUUUUUACAUGUUAGCGCGUCGACAUGGAAAAGUUGAACGUCUUAUGUUAUAUGACGAAACAACUGUCUACUGGUUUAUAAUCUACUUCUUAUUAUUUUACAUUGUUAGCAAGUAGAUCUCGAAGUGUUUUAUUGAUUGCGAUUUGGGUUAGAAAAUAUAGUCAAUAUUUUGAUAUACAUUUUACAAAUUGAAUCGGCAUGGAUUUAUAUUUUAUAUUUUCUUGAUAAAACUUGAAAACUGCAGUUCCAAAUUUGUUGUAAUUUAUUUAUUUAAAUAGCCUUAUUCGUGGUCUGCUAUUAAAAAAAGUAAUACGUUUAUUUGUUUAAGACAUAUGAUGGAUCCGAGAAGCUAAACAUUUUUAACAAAUAUAAAUAUAUAAGGACACCUGUCGCAAGCAUUUGUUUAAUGAAUUCAUCACAAUGACAACAUUCGUAAAUAUACCUAUCCAUCAUCUGAGAUUAAAAUGA